AAUAAAUGCAUAAAUAAAUGAAAAAGCAUAAAAAACAAUGUUAAAUAAAUAAAUGCAUAAAUUAAUAAAAUUCAUUAAAUAAAUGCAUAAUAAAUAGUUAAAGAUUUUCCGUUGUAUAUGGGCGUGUACAGAAGUCAGCUGUUUUCGGGUUAAAUUAGCUAUGUUCGAUAACACAACGAUUUCCUUUCAGAUCCGAUCCGAUGUGAAAUGUAGGCUGGUAUUGGCGAUACCGAUCAAAUACCGAUACUUUGUGCAUGUACACCUCAUGUGUCUAAUAAAUGUAAAACAGUAGUGCAUUUCAAAUCAGCUUCAAAACUAAGUAUUUUUUAAUUUUAUUUGUUACAAACCUGGAGGUAUAUUGAAGUAGUGGCCUAAUUUACAACAUAGUCAAACAACAGAAAAAACAAAUACAGGAUACGAUCAUAUAAAAUAGAGUUUCAAGCAAAUAUAUAUAUUUAUAUAUGUUGUUGUUUGUGGAGCUGAAAAGAGGUUGUCUUAACAAGAAAAGUAUUAACGACAUAAUUGAGUGUAAAAUAUUAUAUUUGGCAGCAGUGCAUCACCAUGCUUUACCACUGGAAGUAAUUUCUCAUGAAUUUAACACGACGACUUUCUCUAAAAAUAAAUAAAGUCAAGAAAUCUUCCUUGGAGACUUUUAUUUUGAACGCGCGAGCUGCGGGUGUUCGCGGAACGUCAUAAGGUCUGCGACCGCGCCUUCUCCUGUGUCUGCCGAAUAAAGGUCUGUGUUUUUGUACAUUUUAGCGGUGAAAAACAGUGCAAAUCCUCCACACUCCAUCACUCUUUUAACUCCGAAAUCACAGCAGCAUUAUUAAAGACGGUCUGCAGCAGUCGUAUUUGAUGACUGUCGACGUUUGAGAGUGUUUGAGAGUGCUGUCGACAGGUCUGUGGAGCGAGAAGGCGAAUAUAUUAAUCGCGGAAGAGCUGGAAAUGGACUACAUUAAAGUGGAGAUCGUGGAUGUGACUGAUCUGGAGCCUGUCAGAGUCAAAAGUGAGGAGGACAGCGCAGAACGAACCGAGCUUGUGGAGCUGGAGAGCGUGUCUCAGAGCGAGGAGCUGGAGGAACCGGAGAGCCUCAGCGCCGCAGAAAACCCGGAUGAUAAAAACCCCAGCGACGCCAAGAAGUCUUUCCCGUGCCCACACUGCGGGCAGCGCUACCGGCGCAAAGGAGACCUGAAGGAGCACAUGACGGUGCACAGCGAGCGGCCGUACGUCUGUCUGCAGUGCGGCAAGAGCUACACGCAGAAGAUCAACCUGCAGAACCACCUGCUGAUCCACAACGGGGAGAAACCCUUCACCUGCCAGCAGUGCGACAAGAGCUUCACCCGCAAAGGAGACCUGAAGAAGCACAUCAUCGUGCACUUCGGCGAGCGGCCCUUCACCUGCCAGCAGUGCGGGAACAACUUCAGGCACCAGGGGAACCUCACCAGCCACAUGAAGAUCCACACCAGCGAGAAGCCGCAGCCCAGUCUGCAGAGCGACCAGAAGCUGAUCCAGGUCUGCAACUUCAAGAACCCGGUGCUGUACCACGCUGGAGAGAUGCCCUUCAGGUGCGAGCAGUGCGGGCAGAGGUUCAUCCUCUCCGCACACCUCAAGAGACACCAGAAGUGGCACAAACACUAGAUAGAGAGUGUGUGUGUGUGCGUGCGUGCGUGUGUGUGUGUGUAACUGAGGGUUUACCAGAACAUAGUGAAAAGCACUGCUUAAAGGGACAGGACACCCCAAACAUGAGCUAUUGUUCAGUUUUUUAUUCUGUUGAACACAAAAGAAGAUAUUUUGAAGAAUGCUCUGGGUGACAUAAACCUGCAUUCUCAUUUUGUGUUCAAGAUUGUUUUUAAUUACAUAUUUUUAGUGUAAAAGUUUUUACUUUAAUGAAAAUUUCAGUUUCAUCUUCAGAAGAUUUAAAGGGACGGUUCACUCAAAGUUGAUUCUGUCAUCAUUUAUUCUCCAUUUUUAUGAUUUCUUUUAUUCUGUUGAACACAAAAGCAGACGUUUUGAAGAAUGUUCCCAUAAUUUAUUGUCCUGCUCUGAGUGUCAUCAACCUGCAUUCCUAUUUUUGUUCAACAAGAGUUUGUUUUCUGGGUGUACUGUCACUUUAAAUGUUUUUUGCACCAAUGAAAAGUCUCUAGAAGAUUUAAAGGGACAGUUCACCCAGAAAACAAUCAUUUAUUCUCCUGUUGAAGUUUCUUCUGUUCACCCAUUGACAUCCAUGGUAAUUUUUCCCCACUAGUCGUGAUAUCAACCAGCAUUCUUCAAAAUAUCUCCUUUUGUGUUAGACUGAAGAAUAUUGGUCAGGAACCCAGUGCUGUACCACGCUGGAGAGAUGCCCUUCAGGUGUGAGCAGUGCAGGCAGAGAUUCAUCCUCUCUGCACACCGAGAGAGAGAGAGAGAGAGAGAGAGAGAGAGAGGUGUGUGUAACUGAGGGUUUACCAGAACAGAGAAAAGCACUGCUUAAAGGGACAGUACACCCCAAACAUGAGCUGUUAUUCAGUUAUUUAUUCAGUUGAACACAAAAGAAGAUAUUUUGAAGAAUGCUCUGGGUCAUCUGCAUUGUUAUUUUGUGUCAUUGUUUUUGGAUGUAUUACCUUUUAAAAAGUUUUUACAUUGAUAAAGUUCUUUUUCAUCUCUAGAAGAUUUAAAGGGACAGUUCACCUAAAGCAUUAGCAUUCUGUCAUCCUUUAUUCUUCAUUUUCUGCACACUUCAAGAGACACCAGAAUACACUAGACAGUGUGUGUGUGUGUGUGUGUGUGUGUGUUUUACCUGAACAUAGAGAAAAGCACUGUUUAAAGGCACAGUACACCCCAAAAUGAACAAAUAUUCUCCUGUUUUAUCAGGUUUUUGAAGAUAUUUUGAAGAAUGCUUCCAUAAUUGUGUUUCUUGUUAUGAGUGACAUCAACCUGCACUCUUAUUUUGUUUAACAAGAUAUUUUUUUUCCCAGAUUUUGUUCAUUUUUAGGUGUCACUUUACUGUCACUUUAAUUUUCUUUGCAUUGAUCAAGAGUUCAGGGUUAGAAGUGACCAGAGAGAGAGAGAGAGAGAGAGAGAGAGAGAGAGAGAGAGAGUGAGUGUGUGUGUGUGUGUGUGUGUGUGUGUGUGUAAAUGAGGGUUUACCAGAACAAAGAGGAAAGCACUGCUUAAAGGGACAGGACACAUUAACUUGAGGAAUAAAACAUUUAUUCUCCAUUUGUUAAAUGAGUUUUCCUGGGCUUUUGUUUGUUUGUUUACUGUGUUUUUUUUAAUUGAUAAAGUUCAUUUUUUAUCUGUAGACAAUUGAAAGGGUCAGUUCACUCAAAAUGAUCAUUCUGUCAUCGUUUAUUCUCCCUUUUCUGAUUUACUCUCUGCUGUUGAACACUAAAGAAGAUAUUUUGAAGAAUACUGAAAUGAAAUCUUCCAUAUUUUGUCCUGCUGUGAGUGACGUGGACUAGAGAUUUGAUUGUCAUUUGUGGGUGUACUGUCACUUUAAGGAUUUUGCAUUAAUGAAAAGUUUUUUUUUUAUCUCCAGAAGAAGAGACAGAAAUGACUUCAUAUUUUGGUCAAUGUCUACUUUAGUCUUGUUUUUCUCGUGUUUGGGUGCACAGUCACUUUAAGUUUUUGCAUCAAUGAAGUUUUUAUUCCAGAAGACAGUUUUAAAUUCAUUCAUUCUCCUAUUCUUACUCCUGAUGAACCCUAAAGGAGGAUAUUUUGACUUUAAUAGUCUUUUUUCCUUACUAUGGGCGACAUCAACCUGCGUUCUCAUUUAGUGGUCAUGUUUGGGUGAACUGCCCCUUUUCAGGUUUUUGUAAUGAUGAAAGGUUUGGGGUUUUCUUCAUCUCCAGAUGAUUUAAAGAGACAGUUCACUCAAAAAUGAUCUUUCUUUCACCAUUUAUUCUACUAUUUUCUGUUGAACACAAACGGAGAUAUUUUGAAGAAUGCUGGGACGCUUCCAGAAUGCUUUUCCCUGCUGUAGGUUGUCCCUUUACAUUGAUGAAAAGGUUCAGGUCUAUCUCUUGAAGAUUUAAAGGCACAGUUCACUUAAAAACGAAUAUUCGAUCGCCCUUCAAAUACUCAAAACCUUUCUUUCUAUCCUCUGUUGAACACAAAUGAAGAUAUUUUGAAGAAUGCUGGAAACCUGUAACCAUUGACCUUCUAUAUCACAGUAAAUAAAUACUAUAGAUUCAGGUAUAGCUUCAACAAAACAGUGAAGAAUAUCACCUUCUUUCAUAGUUUUGAGUGUACUGUCUCUUUAAGACAACGUUCAGGUCAAUCUAAUCAUCACGUUCUAAUGUUUGGUUAAUGUAUUUAUUAACAUGAACAAUAUUUAUUCAUUAUUCAACCUUUACUAAAGCAUUAUUAGAGCCCACAGUGGCUGUUAUCAUUAGUGAACCAGCUAGCAAUGUUCAAUAUGAAUACUGUAAUAUAUAUUGUUUGUGCAUGUUAGUAAAUACAUUACACUACAGCUCGAUUCUGAUUGGCUGAUGAACAUUAUUUUCAGAUAAUAGACUCUGGUUUAACCCCAUCAGGUGUGCAUUAUUGUCUAAUAAUUCAACAGCUCCUCAAUUCCUGAACGCUCACUGUAAAGCAGCACUAAGACUUGAUUUGUAUUUACCAGCACUAAUAUGAGCAGUGCUCUUCCUUAUGUCAGCCAUAUCAAUGGUGCAGAUUAUUCCCAUUUCUGUACUUUGAUUUCUCAGCGAGUUGUUCUUACAAGAUAUUCACAAUCCUCCAUUAAACACAGUGCUGUUAUUAUUUCAGAGAGCCGUGUGUGCGUGUGUACAGACUGAUUAUUUGGUCUUCUGUAAAAGGUGCUUCUGUUGAUUGAGUUUAAAGGCAUUUAUCAGUUGUUUUCUCCUGUUUGAAAUGAAUCUGUAUUGUAUAAAGUGCACAGAAAUAAAGCAGAGCUGACAUGCGGUCUAGGAGAAACAGCA